AUGAAAUGCCUUCCAUCGUCCAAACUCCCACUAGCAAGCGGCAACGUUCUCCAUGACUGGCACGCUGAGAUCCUCGCCAUUCGCGCUUUCAACAGCUUCCUUGUCCAAGAAUGUGCAGGCCUCUUGGCCAGUGCCUCGACUUCUACAGCAUUUAUCCGGCGGCGAAAGGAGGCUGAAAUGAGUUCUACUCUCUUCCAACCGUUCGCCAUCAAGGACGAUGUGGGGAUACACAUGUACUGCUCCGAAGCACCCUGCGGCGAUGCUAGUAUGGAGCUCACUAUGGACGCGCAAGACGAUGCAACACCAUGGGAUGUCCCCUUAUCCCCUGCUUCCGUUGCUUGUCCCGAAUCCCGCGUUUCUGCGGCACCCGAACUACGUGGGCGAGGCUACUUCUCGGAACUAGGGAUUGUCCGCCGUAAACCCUCACGGCCAGAUGCGCCGCCCACGCUCAGUAAGUCCUGCACUGAUAAGCUUGCCCUGAAGCAAUGCACGGGCUUGCUUUCGUGCUUGACUUCGCUGCUGCUUGUGCCUACAACAGCCUAUCUACACACCUUGGUUCUGCCGGCAUCACAACACGUCUCAGCGGCUACUGAGCGGGCAUUCGGGCCCAAAGGUCGCAUGAACGCCUUAUCGCUCAGCCUUGCUGAGAGGUGGAAGGGUGGGUAUAAGUACACGCCAUUCGAAGUGAAGACGACAAGCAAAGAGUUCGAGUGGUCAAGGAGAAGUGGGACGGCGGCGCAGAAGAUGGUAGCUUGCAAUCUAUCCGCGGUAUAUACACCGAAAUGGCAGGAGACUCUUAUUGGAGGCGUGCUACAGGGGAGAAAGCAGUUUGAUCCCAAAGGUGCCAGCCGGAUAUCCAGGCGCAGUGUGUGGAUGGCUGUUGCGGACAUAUCGGCGAUGUUGGCGAUGCCAGCGCUGGUGCGAGCAACAAGGAAGAGGAGAUACGCAGAAGUCAAGGACGAUGGAUUGCAGACGGAUAGGCGGAUGGUGAUCAAUGAUGCCAAGGGCGUGGCGCUGAAGGGCUGGGUAGAAAACGCUGGGGAUGACAUGUUUGCGUUGGAUGACGGGUCAAAAGUGUGA